UUCCUAUGUUCCUGAGCAGUGCACGUAGUGAUAUGCUCUCACAAGCUACUUGCCACAAUUGGAUAAUCUUUCGAUGAAGAAGGUCGAACGAUAACAAACGAAACGAAACGAAAGGCUUAUUUCGUAAAUACUUUCUCAUAAGUUAUUCAAACCUAUUGACAAGUGAUAACGUUUAUCGAUAAUUAAGUAAAUUUUAAUUACAAGUUCACGUGUAACUUUGUCUAAUCGGUCGGAAAUUGACCGAGUCCAAAGAUGUGUGGUGGUUUUACGUGUUCGAAAAAUGCGCUAACAGCCUUAAAUAUACUUUACAUUGUCGUUGCAUUUAUUUUAAUUGGAGUCGCAGUUUAUGGAAGAGCAUCAGCUUUAGUCACCAAUCUUCCUAUAAUUGGGGGAAUUUUAGCCUGUGGAGUAAUACUCAUUCUCAUUUCCAUUCUCGGGCUAAUUGGUGCUGUGAAACAUCAUCAAGUUUUAUUAUUCUUUUAUAUGCUUAUCUUGUUCCUUCUGUUUUUGAUUCAAUUCAGCAUUGCUUGCGCCUGUCUUGCUGUUAACGCCAAACAACAAGAACAACUUGCUGAACAAGGAUGGAGACGAGUUGGAGAUGAUUUACGUGCUAAAGUAGAAGAAACCUUCCACUGCUGUGGAUUUAAUGAUACCGUUAUUGAAACAGAUCCCUUGGCAUGCCAUGAUACAAAUAGAACUUGCUGUCCUUACUCAGACCGCGAAUGCACCAAUCGAUGUCCAUUAUGUAUGCAAAAGUUGCAAUCUACAAUUGAUUAUGCUUUCAAACUCUGUGGUAGUAUAGGAUUAUUUUUCAGUUUUACAGAGUUUGUUGGUGUUUGGUUGACCGUGCGGUACAGGAACCAGAAAGAUCCGCGAGCUAAUCCUAGUGCUUUUCUCUAGUCUAACACCAUCGCCAUGUCCUCUAUCUCCUCAUAUGACCCUCCUAAUAGAUGGUGAUCGCAGCUUUUCUAGCAAAGCAUUUUAAAAAUCAGCUGGAUCCGCAACAAAAAGCUACAAGAGCUGCAUUUUCCCAACUAAAUUAUCUUUAUUAAUAUGACUUCACCAAAUUAUUUAUUUACGUGCACUUUUAUUUCCUUUGUAGAACAGCGACACCAGAUCUGGGAAUAUUGGAAUCUCGCUUUAUACCCAUAAUUGAUAGAAAAUACAUGAUUAUCAU